AAGCCCCUGACUGACCCCCUGUUGCUUCACUGUUAUUAGAGAUCGCGGCAGAUUGCUGACGACUUCGUUAACACUGCGAUAAUUGCUUAAAUUAUAAACUGAGCAAGAUGCCUUAUUACGGAGUAGCCAAUGGUCGCAAUACUGGAGUUUAUGAUAAUUGGGAGGAAUGCAAACAGCAAGUCAACGGAUAUUCUAGAUGCGAUUUCAGAAAAUUUGAUUCGCCAGAUGCGGCUUGGGAUUUUGUUGAUCAAAAGUCGUCGGACCAUAAAGGAAAUGAUUAUGUUCAGGAUUCUUACAGUAAGGCUGUAGUUCCUAGAAACGGCAAUAAUCAAGUAGCGACCAGAAGUGAUUAUUCGGGAGAAGCUAGAGCUUAUCAGCGUACUGAUUACAUGGAAGGAAGAAAUGGCGUAGUUGUGCGCGAACGUUCAUUUACGAGCGGACGUCAAGGCAACGGUUAUUAUGUCGAGAAGCGCACACGUACUUAUUGGGAAAAGAACUAACCAAGCAUCAGAGAAAAAUUGUUGCUUAAAUAAGCUUAAAAGUGCUUGAAGCAUAUAAGAAGUAACAUGGAUACAUUGUUAAUGACUAAGGAUUUAUUAAGCUAAGAUUAAAAUUAAUGCAUGUUUAGUUUUUUGUAUUCGAAAAAUAGUUUUAGUUUCAUACGUUAAUUCUAGCGAAUUGCUGAUGAUUAUUGCAGUUUGUAUUUUUUUUUUUAUUAUAUGAAAGAACUUUUCGCUGGAAUAAAAGUGAAAUAAAUUUCUUCCGAA